UCCAUCCACUCUCUCCCCAUCGAGUGUUUGUGUUUGUGUUUGCAUAUCAUCUGCCGUGAGAGGAAUUGCUUCAUAAGCUCGCUAAUGGCUUCAAACCAGAUCAAGACGGCCGCGCAUGCUCGAGGGGGCGUCCCCAAAUGUCCAUGCGACAGCGAGUCUCGUUGGAGCAUGGAACCUGCUGACAAAAUCACAGGCAUCAGCGUCGGCGCUUCUUCAUGCGUAAACUCUAUUAAGAUAACCUUCGACAUAGACGGAAGCACUCGCGUAACUCCCAGAUACGGCGGCCCCGGCGGUGAACUAUUCCAGUUUACUCUCAUGCCGGAUGAAUACCUCACCUCCGUUUCUGGGUAUGUCAAGCACGACUGUUCUGAAUUCCCUUGUGUAUCUCAACUCACGUUCACCACCAGUCUUGGAAAGACAUAUGGUCCAUAUGGAGGUGGGGGUGGAACCUUUUUCCAAGUCAAUGUAGAAUAUGACGAGAUUAAGGGCUUUUUUGGACAUGCAACGACCGAGUACCUCACUGCAUUUGGAGUCUACGUGAUGCUGGCUUAGCCAUCUCUUGUGGAGGGUGUUUACUAUCUAUCUCUGUGUGCCAUGAUGAAUAAGGAUGCCAAUGUCCUGGCAUCUAUGUUUGAGUUGGGUGUCUGUUUACUAUCUAUCUAUCUUCAUGCACUAAUAAUAUGAUGAUGUGUCUCGUUGGUGACAUUUGCAACA